CUCUCUGCUCCUCCUACUAGUAGACACACCACGUCCACCCCCCCGGAAAAACCCACGCGACCGAGACCAGCAGCAGCACCACCUCCUCCCUCCAUCCUGAUCCGAUCUGACUGAGCCGGCCAUGGCGGUUAGGGUUUGGCUCUCCGCCAUCCUCCUCGCCUUCCUCCUCGCCGCCUCCCCCUUCGCCCAAGUUGCUAGAGCUCAGUCUGAGGAAGAUGCUGCUAUGCAAGAAGUUGUUGAUGGGGCUGAUCUAGGAUAUGUGGGUGAUGAUACUCCGGUUUCCAGUGAAGAGCCUUUAAGCCCUGCUCCUGGUGUGGAGACUGUUUGCGUCUUCCCCAAAAACGCUGGGAAAAUUGUACCAGCAGGUGAAGAAACUGAGCUUUUGGUUGGCCUGCAAAAUGAGGGUGAAUCAACUUUGAAUGUUGUUGCUGUCCAUUCAACCUUGCAUCUUCCUUAUGAUCACAAAAUGUAUGGACAAAACCUUACAGUUCAGAGUUUCUACAACGCGUCAGUUCCUGUCUCUGUGCAAGCAACCUUUCCCUAUACAUUUGCCGUGAGCAAAUUCUUGCAGCCUGGAGCAUAUGAUCUUGUUGGUUACAUUGUGUACGAGAUUGAUCAGCACCCUUACCAGAACGUAUUCUACAAUGGCACCAUUGAGGUUGUUGAGGUCGGAGGGUUACUGAGUGUUGAAUCUGUGUUCCUUAUUACCCUUGGAAUUGCACUUCUUGGUCUCCUAGGAUUGUGGGCUUAUGGUCAAGUGCAACAGCUCUCGAAGAAAACAAAGAAAGGCCCCAAGGUGGAACUCGGAACUGGAACAACUGACGCCAACAUGGACGAGUGGCUGGAGGGUACCGCGUUUGCAAAGGACAAGGCCAAGAAAAACAAAUAGAUUUGAGGUUGAUGGGCCUAGCUAGACAUUUCAGGAUCUAGAAUGAGACAAAUCGAGGGUAGCCCUUCACAAGUAACCUGGAUAGAUGAGAGAGCAGAGGUGUUUGAACUAGUCUCGUGGCUGCACACCAUUUUCGACCUUGCUGUGUACUUUACAGAUAGUUUUCCUUGAAACACAAUUUUGUUGAAGGUAUAUGUUAUCUAUGGGAUUUCUGAUCUUUGAUCCUA